CCAGAAAAGCUCUGGAGCGCCGACCUUCACCGCAGUAUCUGCAAGUCUGAAUUUGUCUGGACUUGAUCCCGACUUCAGUCCCCUGGUGGACCCAGUAAUCCUGGAAUCUUCGACUUCAUCCGACUGGUUUGCCGCUGCCACUGCCUCCGGUGCGCAACAGCAGAACCAACUUCACCAGCAUCAGCAGCAGCUGUCACCCCAGCACGAGCACUCGGCUUUCGAGUUUGGGGGUCCGUUCGGGUCAUCUGCCCCGUCGCACGGCAUGGCGGCCACCCACGAUGCGCUUCGUAGUGAGGACCCAAUACCCCGCCCUCACAAGCCCAAUCAACGGAAUGAACGGCGUCUCCCAUCACUACGACCAUACCGUCCACGGUGCGCCACGCAUCGAUGACCUUGGCACAAUCUCUCCUCUACAAUCAACCUAUCCACCCUACCCGGUCCCCUAUCCAGACAGCACCGCAAGCUCGGCUCCGUCUGAGGAAACCAUCCCCGUCGAGGCCGACGAGGACAAGCGCAAGAGGAACCAGGCCGCCAGCGCUCGAUUCCGCCAGAAGAAGAAGCAGCGGGAGCAGCAGAUGCUCGAGCAGAGCCGCGACAUGCAGGAGCGGACCAAGAAGCUCGAGAACGAGGUCGAGGGCCUCAAGCGGGAGAACACGUUCCUGAAGAAGUUGCUGGUCGAAAAGGUGGACAACAUGAACGACGACGAUAGGGCCCUACUCGCGAAGACAACCAGCCUCGAGAGGUCGAAAUGAGUAUCUCGCGAUUACUUCGGCGUGUUGACCCCCGCUGGACAUAUCUCGAAUGGUGUUUUGGCGAAGCUCCGGAUCGUUUCGUUGGGUUGCGUUGCCUGCGUGCGUGCGUUGCGGGAU